UUUGCGUCGUUUUUGAAAUAUUAUGAAUGAUUUUGUUUGAAUUUGCUCAGUUAAGUACUAUUUAAUCCCCACGCACGCACGAUAUCACUUAUAUUUUAUUUGAAAAAUUCACUUUAUCGUUCUCUGGCCGGGCUCGAACUUGGGACUUUAGAUUGGGAAUCAGCGAUGCUUCACACUACACGACUUCACUUUGAUUUAUAAAUAUGUUUUGUAUUGUCUAUACGUGCGCAAAGCGCAAGCUUUGCUCGGUUUUUGAUGUCAAUUUGGCGUCAAACUGCGCCGUAGAAGCCUUGUCUGGUUUUUUGUGCUAAUUUGGCAUCAAAGUGCGUUGUGCAAGCUUUGCUCGGUUUUUGAUGCCAAUUUGGCGUCAAACUACCGUACAAACUUUGUUCGGUUUUUGGUAUCAAUUUGCCGUCAUUUUUUGUUAGCAAACUUUGUCUUAUGUUUGCUGACAAUUUGCCAACAACAUUUUAUUUAGCAGAUAUUACACCAAAUUUGAUGUCAUUUUGUCAGUAAAAUUUGUAGCCAAGUAUUUGACAAAAUGCUCAAACAUAUUUGGUUAUCUGGGUACUGUGUCCAAUAGUUACUGUGUCCGAUUGUUACUGUGUCCGAUUGUCACUGUGUCCAAUUGUUAUGGCUCCUGCACACAGGACGCGGAAACGCUUGCUGCGCGGCGGAAGUCAGCACGAAGUAACGUAAGUCAACGUAUGUUCCGCCAACGAAUAUUUUAUAAUUCUGGAAAAGAAAAUCUAAUUAUGGAGAAUGAAAUGGAAAAUAUUGAAGUUUGGUGCAGGGAUUGCAAUAAUAUAAUAGAUAUUACAGAGGAACAUGAUUGCCCUAUUUAUAACAGUAACAAUAGUGAUAUCAACACAAAGAGCAAAAAUGAUUAUAUCGAAAAAUUAAUUACUGAAGUAUUCGAAAGAGAACCUUUAUGGAACUCGUCCCUGCCUUAUAAGUUCAGAGGUCCAUCAGAUAUAAAAGUAUUAUGGGCUGAAAUAGAUAAUUGUUUAGGUACAACUGCUGGUACAAGCCAGAUAAAGUGGAAGAAUAUAAGGGACCGUUUCGUAAAAGAGCAUGCUUUAGAAUGUGCUUAUAUCCCAAGUGGUAGUGCAGCUGUAAAAAAGAAGAGUACUUGGUCAUUUUAUGAAAGUUUACGUUUUCUGACACCAACGAUAAAUUAUAGAAGAACAAAAAGUAACAUUGAAAAUAUAGAUCCAACUGUACCUUUAGCUUCAGCAAAAAAAGAAUCAGAUGAAUCCAUUAUUUCACUUAUUUCUGGACCAAGUACCAAUACAGAAAAAGAAGAUAACAUUUCGCACAAAUCAUUAUUACAGAAUAGAACUUCAUUAAAACCACAAUUAAUGUAUCCGAAGAAGAAUUACUCUUUCACACCUCCAUACACAUCAGAUUCAGAUAGCUGUGAUAUAAAAAACAAAGCUUUUGAAGAAUCAAUAUGUAGAAUAAAAGGCACCAAAAAAACAAAGAUAGUUAAAAAAAAUGAUACAAGUUCUCUUUGUGAAGAAACUAUUUUGAUGGAAUUAGUACGAACGAGACCAGCAGAUAAACCUCAUACAAAACCUGAUGAAAUUGAAUGUUUCACAAAAUAUAUUGAAGCAUAUCUGCGAGGGAUGAGUGCAGAUAACUCAAAACGUAUUAAAAAUAUAAUAUUAAAACUUAUCGCAGAGGAAGAUAUGUAAUAUGUUUGAUUUCAGUAUUCUGUUUUAUUUUAAUA